GUCCAUCGCCUCGAUUGAAAUCAUAAAACAAGCCAUUUCAAAAAUACCCUGCCUCACAGCAAGCAAGCAAGCAGCAGCAGGCACGAGCACCAGCAGCACACAGGCAACACAAGCACGAGGGAAAGUCGCUCGCUCCGCUCGGCCUGGCCUCGUUUACCACCACUACUAUAACCUUAUACUGGCUUUCUUUCUUACUUUCUUUCACUCCCUCCAAGGGUUUCUCUUUAUUCCUAUUCUAAAACCCGCUGCUCUAUAAUUCUACCUAAUUCGCACCCACCCACACCCUUCGCCCUCUCUUUCAUCCCUCCACUGGCCCUUUUUCUUUCAGUUUCGCACGACCCUCCCUCCCUUCCUCAUUCCACUAAGAAGCCCGCCUCUCUGCCCGCGUCCUUAAAUGUCUUACGACCGAGUUCUCCCCAGGCCUCCGACCCUUAACCAUCAUGAACAGCAUUUUGCCCGGUCGACUAAUCUCCUCGAGCACAAGAUCAUGAACGACGACGUCUCCUCCAAAGUCGCAGUGAUGGCCAAGGUCUCCAUGGACCGCCAUCAUCAUUUGGACCAUGCUCCGGUGGGAGGGGCGCCUCGCCGGUACCUGAGCGGGCUGCCGCAGGUCCAUAUGAUCAACCAAAGCACGAUUGCGUUGAACAAGCUGGCAUCCCCGUCUCUUGAUGCCCCGAAGCCCUCAAAUCUUUUGGCCGUCAAGGCCAUUCCCCUUCGUGAGCGCCCGACGUUGUCGGAACGUUCGACGUCAUCAAGCCCGGUCAAAUCGAAUGCUCCCACCCCGAGAGAGUCCGCUACCCAGUUCUGUCUCUGUCAGCCAGAUCCUAAGAUCCCAAGGCCUCGAAAUGCCUUUAUUCUAUAUCGCCAACAUUACCAAGCGGCGGUUGUAGCGCAGAAUCCGGGUCUUGCCAACCCCGACAUCUCCAAGAUCAUAGGGGAGCAAUGGAGAAAGCUUCCACAGGAGACGAAGGAUGAGUGGAAGGCACUUGCGGAGGAGGAGAAAGCUCGUCAUCAGCAACAAUAUCCCGAGUACAGGUAUCAGCCUCGCCGCUAUGGCCGCGAUGGGAACCUACGAAACGGAUCCUCUGGCAUCAGCCAUAACCCCCCGGGCUCCACUGUUUGCAGUCGAUGCGGCGGACGCGUGAUGAACCCACCGGUAUCACCCGAAACUCCUUUCACUCCCAGAUCCUCGACAUUCAAUGGGGCACCGGCACAGAACGAAGCCGGCACAGCGCAGAGUAACCAGGGUCGAGGCAAAGGCGGCGUUCGUCCCAGCCUCAUCAAGGUCAAUGUCGACGGAGAGUCAUGUCUUCCUCGCCAGCGUGAGUUUGAAGAGAACGGGGGUCGAUCUCCCGACAACAAGCGUCGGCGGUUGGGUCAUCGCAUAGGGUACGGGCCCCAUCGCGAGGGCCCCGAGUCUCCAUACCCCCCGUCCCCGUACACGCCCCGCCCCAGCGGUCUAGACCUGCGCUUCCAACCGCCGAUACGCUCGAUCCGCAACGUCAAGGAGUAUACUCCGCCGGACCCCAGUUUGAAGCUCCCCCCACUGCAGACGACCAUCCAUGCCCCGGGGGCCACCACGCCGUUGACUCCCUUCUCCACCGACUCCAGCAUCGAGGCGACAGUGAUGACCAUCCCAUUUCUCAAUAAAAUCAAGGUCCUCGCCAAGAUAUCGCCUCCACUGACCCCCGCAUACCACGAUGGGCCGUCACUCCGACGUGGGGCCGUGAUUGCGGUGGAUGGGCAGGAUCCUGUUCUGGUGAAGCAGAUGGUCGACUUCCUCAACACCACGCUUCAGAAGGAAGGCAAAUAUCAGACUCGGGUUUUCGGGGGACCGGAGGUCCGUUCGCGCGAGGGCCAGGGGGAUUCCGAGCAGAUGGGAGACGCCACGGUCGACUACCUCAACAUCAUCUCGUCAUGGCACCGUAUCUCCGAUGAGAUCGUCAGCUUCGUCAAGCCCUUGCGCGCGUCGUCGGAGGCCAAGUCGGUGGACGAGGAAUCCACCCCGGGGUUGUCGCCAAGGACCAUCACCCCCAAGACUGCAGACCUGCACAUCAACUCGCCAGAACAGUCGAGUGAUAACGGCUCCGUCUCGACAGUUUCGAUGGGACCAGGCGCUACCGUCCCCGUCGCGCUGGUUCCCCGGUACCAACUGACCACGGCGGACGCAUUUGCCUGCUCCGUCCCGAUCGGGGAUUCGUAUGCGCCGCUGGACCAUUGGCAGUGGAUGGCAUCGCUAUGGCGUGCGUGCGUGGGGCCAGACAUCACCGUGUAUAUCCGGGAAUGCGAGAAAGAAGAAUUAGAACGUGUGGGCGGGACCCCCGUGGAGAUCCGCCUGCAGGACGCGCGAACGAUCGUGUUGCGCAAAACCACGUCGUCUCCCAGCGAAUUGGAAGAGAAGUCUCUGAAGAGGGUCGGAUUUGAGAUCGAGGACUUCCUCACCCAAUAAGAAAGUGUACAUUGGUGUGGAUGUUUCAUACUUUUCUCUCUCGCCGUCCGUUUUGGCAUUGUUCGUGGAACAUAUAGGAGUGGCUCUAUGUACUUACCUUGUUGGAAGUUAUGAUUUAAUUUUCGUCGGCGUUGGUGGCAAGAAGUUCUGCGCUUUCUGGCUUUGGAUUUGGGCUAGUGGUUGUUGUGUUUUGCGGUCGCUCUUAUUAUUUUUGUUCAUGCAAGCAAGCAAAGCCCACGACUGACUCCAUCUUUGGAUAGCAAAU